GGUAGCUCAGGUGUGAUUGUAUCCAUUCUACGUAUCUAGAGAUAGCCUGGCCCUGAGGUUAACUCCCUCGGCGUUCGCGUUCGAUCCUGAUAAAUUAAAUAAUUCACUCAUUUACUUCAAGUCCACGAAGUAGCGGUUCCCCUGAUUUCCCCGCAGCCAGGUGUGUUCGGAAAGCUUAACGUUCCAGGAUUGGGAGGAAUAGGGAGAAGAGCGCGCACCGACAUACCUGUGAAACUACGGUUGUAAAUGAAGAUCUGAUUGCCACGGACAUCGAACACGUCUGAGACAUUGCCUGGCUAAAAUAACAACUCAUAUCGAGGCUUAAAGCAAGACGUUUCUUUACGAAGGAUCAUCAUGAAGAAAUCAGGAUAUUCAGGUAUUGCCAGGUCCACCAGUGGGAGACUGAGGAGGACAGACAGAGAAGGUUCUUCUUCCAUCACCAGUCCCACACUAAAGAGGUCGUUUGAGGUGGAGGAGUCUGACAUCUCCAUCAACCCCUCCCCUCUGUCCCGUAGGACCAACCUCCGCUCCUCCACCUCCAGCCAGCGAAGCUUCCACGAAGCCCGCAACUCUGACAACCCCUCCAGAACCUCGCCUUCUGACUCCAACCCUUGCUCCCCCAAAACCAGCCUGAGACGCAUGGAGCUGUCCGGGGGAGUGGUAGGAGGCCGUGCCCUGGAUACAGCCUCCACCCGCCGGACCGAGAUCUCUAUUGAGGUGUCAUCCAAGCAGAUUGACAGCUCGCCCAGCCCGGGUAUCGCCCGCUUCGGCCUGAAGAGGCCUGAGGCCCAGAGCCUUGGUUCUCGAGCCGGAGCCGUCCCAGAGAGCUCCACCAGCUCCAGCUCGGCACACAGACGGGCAGAGAUCUCUCUCUCUCGGCCCCACGAGCCCCCCGGGGCACCCAGGAGGGGGGACUCCCAGCCUCCCUUAGCCACCCGGAUCCCUGACCCCCCUCAGAGGAGGACCGACCCCACCAUGGUCAGCCCUGUGGAGGGCUUUACUUCCAGGAGACCCGAGAUGCCUGUCUUCCGACAGCCAGAGAUGACAGCACCACCUCCUGUCAGGGUGGUGGAGAACAACAGCCACCCCCCAGUGCCCAGUGGCCCCCUGCCCAGCCUGGUGGAGCCCAGGAGUGAGAGGACACAGCCUCCGGUCAGGGUGGUGGAGAACAACAGCCACCCCCCAGUGCCCAGUGGCCCCCUGCCCAGCCUGGUGGAGCCCAGGAGUGAGAGGACACAGCCUCCGGUCAGCGAGACGCCCGUCGUCAGACCUAUAGAGAAGGUCACUACCAGCUACAGCAGUAGAGCCAUGUCUGAGGUGGCCGUGUCCGAGAUGAUGAUGCCACCCCAGGCGGUGCCCGCAUGGUAGCGUGCCAGGUGGAGAAGACUGUGCCAGGUCCUGGCAUGGGGGACUUCAGCUAUGUGGGCAUCGAUGCCAUCCUGGAACAGAUGCGGAGGAAGGCCAUGAAACAGGGCUUCGAGCUCAACAUCAUGGUAGUGGGGCAGAGCGGCCUAGGGAAGUCCACUCUGAUGAACACUCUGUUCAAGUCCAAGGUGAGCCGUAAGUCAGUGCAGGCCACGUCCCAGGAGAAGAUCCCCAAGACCAUCCAUAUCAAAUCUGUCAGCCACG